UAUAGACACCUCAGAUAUAGGCCUCAGUGAAACUGAAGUAGGCGAUGAAACGAUAACCCUUCCUCAACCUAUCCACCCGGCUUCUAUUGAUAUCUCCUACUGUGUUUGCCUCUACACAUGGAUUCUUUGCAUGGAUUGCAGAAAACUCGUAAAUUGGAGAAACUCUUGGCCGAGCGACCGGAUAAAACUGAACUGAUCGAGAAAAACGUCCUCAAACCAGGAAAUUUAGAUCCUUCUCAACAGGCCAAACAAGCAGAAUUAUCCAAGAAUCAAUUGGAAGAUAAGCUUAAUGCAGCCCUCGCACAUCGCCCCGAGCCUGAAAAACUAGUCCAAGAAGGCAUUUUGACUGAGGAAGAGACUGCGGCGCUUAAAGCCCAUUAA